CGGGCGGCGGCGGCGGCGGCGGCUCCAUCAUGGCUGAAGUGGAGGAGACACUGAAGCGAAUCCAGAGCCAGAAGGGAGUGCAGGGAAUCAUCGUGGUUAAUUCGGAAGGUAUUCCCAUCAAGAGCACCAUAGACAACUCCACCACCAUUCAGUAUGCUGGUCUCAUGCACAGCUUCAUCAUGAAGGCCAGGAGCACUGUGCGGGACAUCGAUCCCCAGAACGACCUCACCUUCCUGCGGAUCCGCUCCAAGAAAAACGAAAUCAUGGUUGCUCCAGAUAAAGACUAUUUCCUGAUUGUCAUCCAGAAUCCAGCUGAAUGAUUACACUGACUCGGUCUGGUUUUUUCCCUUUGCUUGUUUUAUUUUCCCUAUUUUAUUUUUUAUUUAAUGGUAAAGAAUAGAGCAUUAGUGUUAGCUGUGCUGUGACUCUUCAGUAAGGUUUGGGAGAAUUAAAGCAGGUGGUUUUGUUGUCUACAAGCAGAAAAAAUGGCGCUUUUUGAAUCACAAGUCCUUUUGAGUGGGAGCUGGCGAGUUGGAUUUGGGCAGUAAAAAAUGCAACAGACUCUUUUGAUAGCUAAGAUAAUAAAACUCUAAUAAUAACCAAAAAAAGACUAUUCUUUGUAUGCUUCUAUGCUUCUUUCACCACUGCGCUCUGCUUUUACACUCUUAGUUUUGAAUGGCUUGUAAAUAUGUCUGCCUGUCCUCUAGUUCUGUCUUACUCUGUUGGUUUGACUUCAAAAAAGUCUGACCAUAAGAAAUUAAAAAGUGUCACCAG